AUGUCGUUAUCUCUCCCUGGGCCCUCCCAGGCCGGCCUCUUCAAGGCCGGGUACCAGAGCCACGAUGCCGAAGAUGGAGCCGUCAUCCGCAACAUCGAGGCCUGCCAGGCUAUCUCGCAGACCGUCCAGACCUCCCUGGGCCCCUAUGGCCGCAACAAGAUCGUCAUCAACCACCUGCAGAAGAUGAUCCUGACCUCCGAUGCGGCCACGAUCCUGCGCGAACUCGACGUCGUGCACCCCGCCGCGAAGCUCUUGGUCAUGGCUAGCCAGCAGCAGGAUGCCGAGAUGGGUGACGGGACUAACUUGGUCAUCGUCUUGGCAGGUGAGCUGUUGAAGAAAGCGGAGGAAUUGAUCCGCAUGGGCCUGACGACGAGUGAUAUUGUCUCGGGCUAUGAGAAGGCUCAAAACUACGCAUUGAAGGUUCUGGAAGAUCUCGAGGUCGAUCGGCUCAAGGAGCUGCGGUCGCUGACGGAACUCAGCAAGGCGCUGCGGACGGUCGUGGCUAGCAAGCAAUCCGGCACCGAGGAUAUUCUGGCUGGAUUAGUGGCCGAGGCGGUGCUCCUGGUCCUGCCCAAGAACCCCCUCAACUUCAACGUGGAUAACGUGCGUGUCGUCAAGAUUAUGGGCGGUAGCUUGGAACAGUCCCGGGUGGUGAGAGGUAUGGUCUUUGGACGUGAGCCAGAUGGAAUCGUCAAGUCGGCCCGCAAGGCCAAGGUCGGCGUUUUCAGCUGCCCAAUUGAUAUCGGCCAGACCGAGACCAAGGGCACGGUGCUCUUGAAGAAUGCACAGGAAAUGGUGGACUACACCAAGGGCGAGGAGGACCGUCUAGAGACGGCCGUCAAGGAGCUCUACGAUUCCGGCCUUCGGGUGGUCGUGGCUGGUUCUUCAGUCGGCGACCUGGCCCUGCACUACCUCAACAAAUUUAACAUCCUGGUGAUCAAGAUCCUGUCCAAGUUUGAGCUCCGCCGCUUGUGCCGAGUGGUGGGUGCUACCCCCCUCGCCCGUCUUGGUGCACCCAUGCCCGACGAGAUGGGCAGCGUUGACGUGGUCGAGACGACCGAGAUUGGUGGUGACCGAGUUACCGUUUUCCGUCAAGAGGAGGCCAACGCCGUGACGCGCACAGCCACCAUUGUGCUGCGCGGUGCCACCCAGAACCACCUGGAUGACAUUGAGCGUGCCAUUGACGACGGCGUGAACGUCGUCAAGGCCAUCACCAAGGACCCGCGUCUGGUCCCCGGAGCCGGCGCCACGGAGAUCCAACUGGUUGACCGGAUCUCCAACUUUGCCGACAAGACUCCCGGUCUGCCGCAGUACGCCAUCCGCAAGUAUGCCGAGGCCUUCGAGGUCAUCCCGCGCACGCUUGCCGAAUCCGCCGGCCUUGAUGCCACGGAGGUUCUCUCCCGCCUGUACACCGCACACCACCGUUCUGGACCGACCGGCCAGUCAUCCUCUGACGAGGAGGAGGACGAUGGCAGCUCCUCGGACGAGGAGGAGCCCUACUGGACCACCGGCGUGGACCUCGAGAUUGGCUCCUCUUCCGGUACUCUGGAUGCGGUGGAGGAGGGAAUCCUGGAUCUGAUGGCCACCAAGAGCUGGGCGAUCCGUCUAGCUAGCGAGUCUGCCCGGACCGUGCUGAGCGUGGAUCAGAUUAUCGUUGCUCGGCAGGCUGGUGGGCCAAAACCCCCUGGCCCGAACGCCAACUGGGAUGAGGAUUAA